UGUGCUGCCUUCUCGCUGCAGGUGUGUUUGCUGGAGUGCACAGGUCACAUGACCUCCUCGCUCACCUGGGACCUUUGCAAGCUCGAAGGCACAGCGGGCGAGCUGGACGUGACGUCUCUGCACGCCGACUCUGACGGCCCGGCGCUAUCUUCGCAGGAGGCGGACCAGGACGAGCGGCGCUUCGUUCGCUUUGACUCGUCGCUGCUGGAGUCCUCGCGGGAGGAAGAGGAGGAGGAGGAGGAGGAAGAGGAGGAGGGGGGUCAGGACGACGGGAACGUGGCGAGCGAUCGCCAACGGAGCUCGGAGACCGUCAGCUUGUACAAACGCUUCGGUGGCUUCCAGAGAGGGCGCCACAAUUACAGGAAGCUGAUUGGAUCCCCGGCGAGGCACCUACAGAAGCGCUACGGCGGCUUCAUAGGCGUCCGCAAAUCUGCCCGAAAAUGGAACAGUCAGAAACGAGUGAACCAGCUGCUCAGGCAGUAUCUUGGAAUGAGGAGCAGUCGUAACUUCUCCCCCAGCGCACGCGCCUGGCGCCACAACAAACUGUGACCUUCAAUACCUCCAAUGUUCACGUGGCAACUGUGACCUCAUCAACAUGUACAGUAUGACCUCAUCAUCAUGUACAGUAUGUCUUCAUCAACACGUACAGUAUGACCUCAUCAUCAUGUACAGUACCACCUCAUCAACACGUACAUUAC